UUCACAUUAUUUUACACAUUUCACCCUUAAUUAUUUUAUUUUUUACUAUUUUAAGGUUAAAUUGUUAUUUGAUUAUUUUAUACAUUUAAAGUGUAUAAUAAGAUUCCACAGGAAUCCCAAUACACAUUCCCUAAUUACUCCAUUUAAAUCCUUAAAUUAUUGUAAAAUAAUAUUAAAUUUAUGAUAAUUUGUAUUAUAGCGUCAAAUUUGCAGAAUAGUGUAAAAUUUGUAGAAUAAUGUGUCAAAAUUUGAAAUGUUAAGAAUUUGGAGUGAUGAGUUAUGUGCAAAUAAUUGGCUGGAAUGAGUUUGUUGUCCCUCCUUCAGUUCAAAUUUUCUCUGAAGGUUCUUACUUCAUCUUCAAUUGCGGAGAAAACUCACAAAGGUUUAGAAUAUCGAAUAGGUUAGGCUUGGGUAAGAUUCGUUACGUAUUUUUAACUCAUUUGAGUGUCUCAUCUUUCAAUGGUUUACCAAGUUUAAUCCUAUCCCUUGACGGCUGUAACACCGAACACGUUACUGUCUUUGGUCCCAAACCGCUCAAAUCUCUUCUCACUCAUCUUCUCAACACAUUCAAACAACUGAGUAUAAGAGUGACAAUAAAUGAGGUGGAAACUGAUGUUAACAGUGUUUGUGAACUGGUAAAGAGUAACUCUUUAACCGUUUACGGGUUCUCACAUUCCACUACUAAUUCCCAUACAAUUGCUAAAUCCCAUACAAUUGGUGAUUCCCCUGAGAAUAGUACAGUGUACAGUAAUGUGAUAUCACCUGUGCAUGAGAAUUUUAUUGGUUACUUCAUCCAGUUUGAUACCACUCCUGGCACUUUCAAUCCCAAUUCUCCAGCUCUCUACAGUGUGAUGAAGAGUGACUAUGGAAAGUUGAAGAGUGGUUUGGAUGUGACAUUGUCUGACGGUACGGUGGUGAAGUCAGACGAGGUCUGUGACGCUCCAACUCCUGGCAAUCACGUUCUCAUCCUCAGUCAUCCCACCCCUUUACCCGACUUUAUUCAUAGUAUUAACAAUGGUCAACGGUACCUGUUUUACCUACAAACACAUGCCAGUGCAACUUCUAAUACGGUUACUACUGAUACAAUUGGUGGUGAGGUAUAUUGUAGUGUUAGGAUGGAGGAAUUGGGAUACAUAGCAUUACCUCCUUACUAUAAACGGAACUUACUACAUUAUCAAUUGUUCCCCAAACUCUUUCACAAUCCCAGACUCUUUAGUAUUCCUAAACUGUUUAGUAUUCCCAACUUGGCAGGACAGGGAACGGGGCAUGUACCGUUGACGAAAUUCAUAGUACAUCCCCCAAAACAAAGUAGAAUUGAUGUUACUAGUGUGUUACCUACGGAUUUGGAGGAGUGGGAUGUGAGUCCCAUUGAAGUGGAAAUUGAGUCGGAGUUUCCGAAACUGACAUUUCUUGGCACCGGCUGCUCCGUACCCUCCGUAUACCGUAACGUCUCAGCCAUACUCCUACAACUACACAAACACUACUCGAUAUUGCUGGACUGUGGCGAGGGAACGGUGUUACAGAUGUUACUUAUUUCCAAUUCCUUCGACGAUUUCAUUGACAAAAUCUCCUCCAUACGGCUGGUGUUUAUAUCGCAUAGUCAUGCGGAUCAUCACUUGGGAUUAUAUCAUCUAAUAUCAUUACGUAAUAAAUUCAAUUCUCAAGGCCCAAAACCGCUAAUCAUAGCGUCUCAUAACAUUAGAUAUUGGUUAAAGGAAUUUGAGAAUAUUUGCCACUUGGACUAUGAUUUUAUGGUGUUGACUGAGGAGUCUGUCCAAUUCACCGUUGAGCGAACUCUGAGACUCUCAUUCUUCAAAGUGGACCAUAUAGAAGAUUCAUAUGGUAUAAGGAUAGACUAUGAGUUUUGGAGUUUAGUAUACUCCGGUGAUACUAAGCCCUGUGACAAUCUCAUCAAACACUGUGAGAACGUAAAUUUCCUAAUCCACGAGGCAACGUUUACGGAUGAGUAUGCUGAGAACGCGAUGAAGACACUGCACAGUACUGUGUCACAGGCUAUUGAGGUUGCUGCUCAGUGUAACGUGGAAACUCUAUUCCUAACACAUUUCAGUCAAAGAUUUCAAACGAUGGAGAGAGUUGAAGGGCUGGGAGUUGAUGUGGUAGUAGCGUUGGAUCUCAUGACAAUUCCGCUAAAAUCCAUACAAAAACUUAAAAUACCACUACAACAAUUCAACACACAAUUAUACAAUAUUCUCAAUCCAUAUACUUAUUUUAUUAGUAAGUAGUUGGGGUAAAUUUAGGGCCACCAGGAGUGGGUACCCAGGGCCAUGUCAAACACAUAACUAGAAAUUAUAGUAAAUAUGCAGUAUUGUAGAUGUUUAGAUAGGAUUAUUUUAGUAGUGUUAGGGUUAUAAACAGGGAAUUUUAUGCUUAUUUUGUUAAUUUAGGGGAACUUGCUAGGAUUUGUUGGCUUAAAAAGUGAUUUUAAAGGACGAAUUUCCUAAUAAUUUACUAAUAAUUUUAACUGGAUUUAUCUGUUUUUAGGGUAUUUAUUAGUGAUUUUCGCUCUAAUAGAUGGAUAAUAGUAGUUAAAAGUACCAUGGUACAGUGCCCAGGUAC